AGGGUGAGGCUACGAGCCGUCCGUCACGCAGCUUGUCCCCGGGCAGAUGGGCUGUGACUGGUUUCCUAGCGACGGCUUGUUUAACAGCGGGGCCCGAGGCCUACCCGGUCUCCCGUCUCGACCCCGGCCGCAAUGGAGCCCCUGCCCGCCACCUUUUAUGGAAAGCUGGACCAGAAAAACCCAGUUGUGUCCGCGCUGGACCUUGAGCUGAACGACUUCAAGAAAUACAUGGAGAAAACGUCGUCCGACGACUCGUACACCAGAGGAGCCAACAAUUUAUUUUACAUCUGGAACACGUAUGAAAAAUUGUUUCCAGUUAACUAUUUUGAAGAAAAAUUGCUGAUGAUUGGAGAUUUUCUAGUACGGAUGAAGCUAUAUAAAUUGGCCGUGUGGCAGUGUUAUGGACGAUACCUGCAGCAAUUCGGUUCCUUCAGAAUUGAAGACAUCACAGACAUAAAUGAGUUUAAAACCGUAUUCUUUGGAAAUGGAAUUGAUGUGAAAAAUUCUAGUUUUACGCUUCAUGCGUUGCAAAUGAACUGCGUUUGCCGUUACCAAAUGGUGAAGAAAGUUGACCCAAAACUGCUGAAUCUGGAGUCAAAGAGGAAGUGCAUGAGUAUUCUUAAAUUUCUUCGAUUCAUUAUGCAAGUUGCCUUGCCCAAAGAACACCUUUUCUGGCUCAUUUUCAACGGUACAACUUAUAUUUACACCAUCUGCAGACAUUUUAUGGUUUUAGCACUCUAUGCUCAGACAUUUGCACGCCGUGCUUUAGGGAAGAUCAGUGAAUUAAGCCAUCUGGAAAUUAUUAACUCAUCUCCUCAAACUCCUGAGACAAGACAAGCCUUUAGGGAGGCAACUGUCAAGGUAUCUUUAAUGAUCUUUAAAAGAGCAGUUUUUGAAAGCAGAAGAAAACCAAAAGGAUAUUUCCGGCCUAAAACAAAAACUAACUACAAAGAAAACCAAAAUCAACCCUGGCCCCACAAUGCCACUGAAUGUCUGUUGGCAGAAAUGUUUAAUGGCAGUGCAGCCCAAUUCCUUGCUAUUUCAGAGACUUUAUCCGGUGGUAAUCAACGUAUUCUGCAGACCAAGCCCCCUGUUCCAGCUGAGCAGGAAGUAUUUGAUGUGACAAUGGAACUUUUCCUGGCAGGCUUGCUACUCCUUUCAGGUGGUGGUGGAAAUACCCAACUUAAUUCCGCUGCAUGCACUGAUCCAGUUGGUGGAAUAAAGCUAUCAAGUUCCCUCAUAGAGCUUGCUGCUGCUGGUGAAGAUGGUGUGACUGUGGAGGCUGCUGUGAGAUUUGCCAAGUCUGCAUUCUGCUUUGAGUACUUUGAUAUAUUUGAUACUAUCAUUACGCCGCUUCGCUCUUUUUUAAAGAAACAGGAUUACAUUGCUUGGAAGAGUUUUGAAUUGGAUUUGGAUGUACUGAUCGCAAUGGAAACAUUUGUUUCAUCUCGCAAGCCCAAGCAUGGUCUUCCUUUGGGAGAAAACUGUGCAAUAGGAUCACCUGGUGGGGCUACAAAUUUGUGUGAUGACCUUGUGAUGCUAGCAGAAACAAUGUUUGCAUACACCUGCACUCUGUUUCAGGUUAAUUUUCCAGAUAUGGACAUUGUUGUGGAUGCAGUUCUUUUCCUGUGGCAGAAAUGCAAGGCUGUUCUGCAUAGAGACAUCAUUAGGUCAAGUGGUUUAAUUAAAUAUCUGAAAAAGGUGGAUGGCUUUGAGAAGUGGAUUCAUAUCAUGUCCAUUCUUCAGGAAGUGGCUCACUGGUGCAACAUAGGGAACGUUGACCCAAUUUUGAUGAUAGAUAUUGCACUGUACACUGCAGGGGUGCUGGAAAAUCUGGCAGAUUCAAGUAUGAAAUCCACAACAAAGUCAGGUAUGCGUGGAAGCAGAAGUGAAACAGCAACAUCUACACAAACUCCAACAUCAAUCCAAACCGAAUAUUGUAGUCCAACUAAUUUACUAGUGAAACAUCCAUCUGAACAACUUGCCAUUACAUGCAAAAUACUCAAGAAGGCAAUAGAUAGCAUAGCUACAGCUCGCUCGCUCGCUGCUUUACCAGAUGGACAUUUGUUGAUUGACAAUAAUCUUUUAAAGGAACUUAUUCAGCAACCAACUGGUGAAUUAGAUACAGAUAAAUAUGAUGAAUUACAAAGAGAAGAUCCUUACAAAAAAGGAGCUAUCCAAACUCUUAUCAUGGAUUUACAUCUGGAAAUUUUUCAGGUUUAUUACAGAGUGGCAUUUAAACUUUUGAGAAUCAAUUUUGAUUUACUGGAUUCCAGAAGCAGCUGUCUAGGAAGCAGCAGCCUUGGUUCACAAUGCGGCUAUGCCAUUAUAACAGAAGCAGACAUCUUGAAGAAAGUGAAGAAGAACAAAGUGCUGAAGGCACUAUUUCUAAUUCAAAAAGUGAAUUAUUUGCAUAGUAAACAAGAGGAUACUGCUUUACAAAAAACCCUCCUCGAGGAAAUUGUGACUCUGCUAAAGAAAACAGAAGCUGAAGAGAGGAAGCUAUAUUUGUUAAACACACAACCGGAUUCUUCAGAUAACGAGAAGCUUGAUGUUGUACCACCUCCCAUGCUGGUCUCCAGAACACAUAAUUCACUGACAUUCAAGCCAGCUCCUUUUGUUUCAUCUAAACAGGUUUGCUGGUAUCAGAUAUUUGGUCGAAGUGCAACAGGAUCCAUUUUUAAAGUCAGGGUGAUGGAUUUACACCUUCACGGUACAGGACGAGAGGUGCCAGCCUCUCAAGAGUGUUUACUGGAGGUUAAAGGCCUCAAAACUAAUGAACACUACAUUUUUGCUGUCGCUGCUUACUCAAAAGAUGGAAAAAUCAUUGGGAAAGAAAUCGGAGAGACCACAAAGCCAAUUCUAGUAUUUCAUGCACUUCCCCUUUUUACCACAUGGUCCUACCUUUGUCAGGCUGCAUAUCAAUUGGGACAUUAUCCAGUGGCGAAGAUUGCUUUCUCAGUGCUGUGGGAUCACUUUGUCUCAGACGUAUCUUCACCUAGACCAGAUCCAUGGUAUACAUCUAAUAAAACUGAAUGGUAUAUCAUUCAGAAAAGAUUAGACAAUGUUGCUGUAUCUCUGGCAUCCCCCAUUCUUCUCCGAGGCUUUCUGUGCAAUAUCUUCAUUGAUUCUGAUAUUAAUUGCAAGGAAGAUGCAGCUUUCUGUGACUCAGUCUGCGAUAAUGGACCACUCUACAAAGGACAACUCAGUAGACUGGCUAAGUGUGCAAAGGUGAUGGUGGCUAUUGAUCUUGCUAGCUGGCUCAAUGACAGCAAUCAAGCACUGCAAGCAGUUGCCCAGUGCUAUGGACUUCUGGCACCCAUGAUCUUUCACAGGAUUCCUUCAGCUCCAGUUGUGCAGAUUCUCAUCAAAUGCCUCUGUGUCCUGCAAGAGGUUGCUGUUCUCAAGCAGAAAAAAACAUCUGCAGUCACUGAAAGUGUGCAACAUAUGAUUGGUUGCAUCACGUAUUACUUGGCAAAGGUAUUACGAUCUUGGAAAGAAUACGAUCUUGCAUUAGAAGUCGCGGCAAUUGGAAAGGAGACUCUGCUCUCAACACUCCGUUUGCCCAAUGUGGAUCCAAAGACUUUGGGAAGUGGAGAAACUACGCAAGUGGUUGAACCAACGCAAGGACAAGAGAGCAAAUUGGAAAAACCUACUGUUGAGGACAAAUUAACAGUUCAGAACACUUCAGAACAGUUGAAGGCAAUGGAUGAAGUUUUGGUUGAUCUGACAAAAGAUGUUACCUUUCCAGUGAAAACAGAAGAAUUGACACAAAGUGAACGCUCCACUGCACUUUAUAUGACCAUUUUAUUUGGGCCAAUAAAUACCGCUCAUCACAAAGUAAUGAGUAUGAAAGGUCAAAAUCGAUUCCUGGAGUUCUUUGUUCUUCUAAUGCAAAGAUUGGUACGAGAAGAGAAUUUUAAACCAGUUUCCAGAUGGGCAAGUGAAGUUGUAGCGUUUUUAAAAAGGCGUAACAGAUCUCUUCUUGGCCUCAAAGGAACAGAGAGCAAAUCAAAGAAAUCCAUGAGGAACACAGCAGUUGUGGUGGAGUAUCACAAUACACCUAUGACCAAAAAACCAAAAGACAAAGUAAAAUUGAAAGAUCUUCUGGAUGAAUUUCUCAACAAUCCAAUGCUUAAGAUGGAUCCAACUGCACAAAGGAAACAGAAGGAAAAAUUGGAAAAGAAGGCCAGAGAAAUUUUCCGAACACAGCUCAGACCACAUGUGCACAGUUACUUUCAACGUAAAAGAUUCCAUCAGUAUUGUAUUAAUGAAAUGCCAUGGCAUAGUCAGCUGCACAAGCUAGUGGGAAUUAGGCACUUUACUGCAUUCAUGAAGUGCUACGAAGAAGAAGGCUGGACUUCAAAGACCAUUAGCAGAUACUCCUUUCUGGACCCAGAUAUCUUUAUUCUCCAUAAUUCUGGGGCUCUAAUUGUUGACACAGAGCGUGGUGAUUCAGAAACUAUGUUCGAAUUUAAUCUGUUUACAGACAAAGCCAAAGAAGAUUCAUCAGAAACAUCAUCAGUGGAUACUUCUGAAAACUCUGAAAGUGAUCAGUCACCAUCACCAACUCAUGACCAGGAAUAUCACACCUCUCCAGAUGAACCAGGCAUGCCAAGCAGUUCUACCAGCUUUAUUAUAAGCCAACUGAGCAAGGCGUUCUUGCACUUCAGAAAAGCAGUGGUGCUCGCACACCGUGGAGGCCAUUGGACAAUUCUGCAGAAUACUUGUCAACUUCUAUGGAAUUGUGCACACAUUGCAAUGAUGUACAUCACCGGCAUGGACACGGCAAUAGAAGGUGUUUUAAGCUCAGACAAUGUCAAGCUGAUCCUCUGUACACCAUUUAACUUAGCUGCACUGGAUCUCCUUGAUAUGAUACUGCAUCUACAGAACUCCAAUAAUUAUGUAAAGUUUAUUGAUCCAGAUGGCAUAUUUCACGUCCCAAGCUGUGUGGGGCCCAUAGCAGAUGAUGAAGGUGGAUUUAAUCUGAAAUUUGAACACCCGUUUGAUGAUGUGAAUGUAGUUGACUUACACUGGGUGUGUGCCAUGGUGUUAUAUGCUUUAGAGUUGCUGUGCAAUCAAAAGAAGUGGGAAUCCUUAGUCCAUUUGGCCAUCUACUUCAACAUUGUUACACAUGAACGGUACUCUAUGCAAGUCACUCCCCUCUUGGUUCACGCCCAGGGCCAGCUUCAGGCAAGGAUCAGUGAGUGCCAGGGUCCUGCUCCUCCACAGCCUCAUUUUGUGAAGGCCUCACUUGACUCAGGAACUGUUAUAAAUUGCAGGAACUUUAUAGAACAUCAGUUGACAGUUGCAACAUCUACAUAUGGCGAAGGCCCUGUUGACCCUGAGCAGCAGGAUGAUGAAGUCACUAAUUUAGAAGUGAAGAGAGCAAAUGCCUUGAUCUCGGUACCAGUGGAUAUGAAGGAUACACUCAACUGCUUCAGGGAGACAUUGGUCAUCACAAACUAUAUCAGUUGUGCCUUCCGGCACAGCAGAAAGCUGCAUGCAUUAUUCCUGGCUUACACACAACAAAGACGGAAGGAAAUAAUGAGAGCCACACCUGGAAGAGUUGGCUUCACUACAACACCAACACUUAUUGAAAAUUCCAAACCAGCGGACCUGUCGAACGAAGAUUUUCUUUUUUUUAGUAGCGUUUUGAGUAAGCCACUGUCGUGGUCACAAGUUUUGCUUGUCAUCAUAUCAUAUGACAAUACCAUUGACGUACUUCGAUCAAAUGGCCUGAACAGUUUGUGUGCACAGGCCCUCCAUGAACAAGGAAAUCUUCACUUCUAUAGAGGAAAGAGGAGGAACGCUUUUAAAUGCUGGUCGCAAGCAAUUGAUGCAAUUGUAAAUGUGACCGACUUUAUCAAUAACUGGCAAGACAUGGAAAGUAGCGGCAUUUCAUUUAAACAUUCAAAAGAUUUCAGUGAAACUCUGCUACAGCGAGCUGGUAUCUGGGGCUGUGUGCUGGCUGGAAUCUUAUCUGCAAAAAUAGCUCAAUUUAUUACAUUCUCGGACUUCAAAUUCAGAACUGAUUGCUGCAUCUUAUCAAGCUUUUUCUUUAAGGGCCUGCUCAGAACUACUCUUCCACACCCACGAAGUGACUGUGAAUAUGCGUCAUAUGAAAUUGGGCUUGAUUGUGACGUUGUUGAGCUCAUUCCUGGGAUCGACCUUUUCUCAAACCGUUUCAGAGCUGAUAUACGGACAAUGGUGGGAAGUAUGAACUUCCUGCUCCACGAACUACAUGCUGCAAAGCAAAACCUAUUGGCUUUACCACUGUUCACACUCUACCAAUAUGUUGUCACUUCAAUCUGCCGUGAUGUACAGAAGAGUGUUGAAGCAAGAAUAUUGAAGAUGAGAGCUUUGACGGAGUUGGGACUCUUCGCAGAAGCUUUUGCUGAACACCAUAUCAUGAUUAAUGGUGAAAAGAUUCCAUGUUUACUGUUGGGAGGUUUCAGACCUUCAGAGCCCAUGGUUCAAAUGAAGUUUAAUCAAUCAAUACCACUUCUCAGCGAUAAUUUACAGGUGCUUGAUGAGGUAUUGAAGACAGAACUACCUUCGGCAUUACACACACUUUAUGGCUCUCGCCUUGCAAAAAAAUUUGAACUUGGACGAACGUAUCUUAUCAUCAAACUUGCUGAAACUAUAAAGCACAUCCCACAGUUGGCUGGCGGUGUCUGUUUAAACGCAGUGGGACAAGGGAAUGCUCCAGGGAAUGCUCCAGGCAAGUUUACGAUAGCGGUUACGGACAUGAUUCAGCGCGAUGAUUGGAGGAGGGAGGUGUCGGUCAGAGGCGGAAGUAGGGGGGUGGGACUGCGGAUAGACCGCAUUGAUUGGAGGAGGGAGGCAUCCUGGUGGAGCAAAGAUCAUAGAGCGGAGCUUGAAUUGGCCCGUUCAUGGGGCCUUUCAUCGCUCGGCGCGGCUCAAAAUCGGCCGCGGGAUCUUCCACCGCCCCACAGUCAAAUUGCUGUGUCGAGGUGAUCAAGGCUCCGGUUAUUGAAGCCUCUGUUGGGCGAU